CCAACCUUACUUCCUGUAUCAUGAAAAACGGAUAUGUUUGCGAACGACGCUUGACCGUUACGAUCUUUCGUUCCCGGCACGAGAAGCAGGAGUGGGCUGAGAGUAGGUUGUGAAACUGACAAAAGCUCGGGCGCCAUAUUGCGAGCUUGUGUUUGGUUAGCGUUUCUGGCGCGUGGUGAAGAAGUUUGUUGUAAUUUAAUUGAUAACGAUGUCCGACAAUCAGGAACAAAAGCCAGAAGCCGGUCCAGGCGACGCGAAUUCGGAAUACAUCAAGCUCAAAGUCGUCGGCAAUGACAGCAAUGAAAUUCACUUUAGGGUAAAGAUGACCACUCAAAUGGGCAAACUGAAGAAGUCCUAUAGUGAUCGUGUGGGGGUACCUAUGACAUCGCUUAGGUUUCUUUUUGAUGGUAAAAGAAUCAAUGAUGAUGAAACACCAAAGCAGCUUGAAAUGGAGAAUGAUGAUGUCAUUGAAGUAUAUCAAGAACAAACAGGUGGCCAUUAAAAGAAUUAGUUGACAACAGGAGGCUUAUUAUUUUGUUCUAAUAUUUCUUAAAGUGAAAGUGACUCAUAACAAAAAAAAAUGGACAAGUUUAUAAGUAUGCAUAUACAUAUUAUAUACACAAACACAAAUGGUUAAAUAAUAAGUAAUUUUCUUUUUUGAAUUCACCUUCGAUAUUGUAAAAUGUGCUGUCUUACAUUCCUGUAUCAAGACUCAUCGCUGGGGAGGCUGUCCAGCAAAUCCCUGGAUCAUUUUGUAAAACAGGCAUGCGGACAGUUAUACCUUAACAUUGCACACUGUGUUUGUCUUCUUGGUGUGUCAUCAGGGCAACUCUCAGAAAUAGAAUAACUGAAUUAUCCGCCACUAUAAAUGCGUUUCACAUUUGUAAACUCCUUGUCCAUUUAUAUUUUUCCUUGUAAAUUUUAGUUUUUUGUUCUUCCCUCUUUUUUUUUUUUUUUUAAU